AUGGCAGCUCAGGCUGGCGGAAACGGCGGAGACGGUGGAGCGGGAGGCUUAGGGGGAGGCGGAGGCGGAGGCGGAGAUGGAAGCGGAGGCGGAAGCUUAGGCGGUCGUCCCGUGGGGGAUGAUUAUGUUCUGGAGAAGCAGAUAGGUUCGGGGUCGUUUUCCGUGGUGUGGAGGGGUAGGAGGCGGUCGACGGGCGACGCGGUGGCGAUUAAGGAAAUUCCGACGGAGAAAUUAAGUGCCAAGCUGCACGAGAGUCUCGAGUCGGAGAUUGCGAUUCUGAAACGCGCAAGGCAUCCCAAUAUCGUUCAUCUAUUGGACAUAGUUAAGACCUCGUCGCGUAUGUUCCUUGUCCUGGAGUACUGCGCGGGUGGUGACCUCUCGCACCACAUCAGGCGGGGCGGGGCGGUGAAAGAGGCGGCAGCCCGGCACUUCAUGCGGCAGCUGGGAGCGGGACUGCAGGUGCUGCGAGCCAACAACCUUAUUCACCGGGAUUUGAAGCCCCAGAACCUCCUGCUAUCUGAGCGCACCUCUGCUGCAGUGCUCAAGAUUGCAGACUUCGGAUUCGCCAGGUCGCUGCAGCCACAGGGCCUGGCGGAGACGCUGUGUGGAUCUCCCCUGUACAUGGCGCCAGAGAUCCUGCAGUGCCAGCGAUACGACGCCAAGGCGGACUUGUGGAGUGUGGGCGCCAUUCUCUUUGAGCUUGUUGUGGGGCGACCACCUUUUGGCGGUCAGAAUCACGUGCAUCUGCUGCAAAACAUCAAGAGAAGCGAGGCACGUGUACCGCGCGACAUUGCUGCAACUCUUUCGGACGACUGUCUCGGGCUCAUCCGCUCUCUGCUCAAGCGGAACCCCGUGGAGCGGCUGUCAUUUGAACAGUUCUUCAAUCAUCCUUUCCUUGGCUUAGCAAGUUCCCCUCAGUCUAUCUGGCAACCACCAGCCUCCUUCACCAACCCAGCUGCUCAGACCGAACCACCGCCACUCCGUACCGAACCUCCGCCACUUCGUACCGAGCCUCCACCGUUCCCUGCCGAACCUCCAUCAUCCUCCCCCGAACCUCCGGCUCCACCACAGAGUUCCAGGCCUCCCGCAGCUGUUUCUGCCCCUACAACCCCUGCCACCACCCCUUCGGCUCCUGCUGCUUCUCCUGGUGCAGGGGGGGUUGCGCCUGCUCCUCCAACCUCCCCCUCCUUUACUCCCCUACCUCAUACCCCCCUGCCUCCCCCCUCCCUUACUACCCCUGCCCCUGUUCCCCCGUUUCCCCCUCCCCUUAACCCCCCUGCCCUGCCUGCCCCCUGCGCUACCCCUCUGUCCGCCCCGCCUUCGCCCCCAUAUCGCUCCGCUUCCCCACACCUUCCCCCUGGGCCCUCCCAGCAUGCCAAGUUCCAGCAACAACAGGGACAGCAGCAGCAGCGUCAGAAUCACUCAGCCCUUGUGUCGAAACCAGAGAGGGGAGUAGAGGCAGCAGCAGCAGCAGGAGCAGGAGCAGGAGCAGGAGCAGGAGCAGGAGCAGGAGCAGCAGCAGAGGCUGUACUACCCCCAGCAGCAGAGACAACUGUGCAAGCCACACUGGCCGGACCAUCGCUGGCAGCAACGGUACCGCUCUCAGUGGCAGUGGCGCCGUCCCCAGCACCACCGUUGGUGCCUGCACCGCUGCUCCCUGCAGGGGAUGAAAGAGGAGGCACGGACUCGUUCGAGAUGCUUGAAGGGGACUACGUCGUCGUGGACCACCCAUCCGAACCCUCUCUGUCCGCCGAUCAAUCAGCCUCUGCCAACCCAUCUCUCAGCCAGUCGAGCCAACAUCAACAAGUGAAGGCAGCAGGCUCUGCCUCGGCAUUCCCUGCUGCUGCAGCAGCUGCACUCCUCGGCACGCCCCGCACAGGUUCUCUGGCCAGACCUGCUCCUGGUAGCCUCGGCAGCGAUGUGGGUGCAGGUGUGGGUGUGAGUGUGAGUGCUGCAUCAUCAUUGAGUGCAGCAGGUUUGCCUGCUGGAGGGGAGCCGGACAGAGGCGGACUGAUGCAGAAUGAACAGCAGAAAGGACAGACACAGCAGCAGAUGCAGAUUCAACAGCAGGAGCAGCAGGUGUUUCAGCAGCAUCCUCAGGAGCGGAUUGCCUUCCUCAGACAAAGCGGGCGUUACAUUGCAGAAAUUGCUGCUAGCAAGCUGGAAGCAGCAGCACCGCUCGCCUCGCUCUCCGUCCACCUCGUUGCACUCGCGGUGGGGUGGGGAAAGAGGCUCUCACGCUCUCCCAUGCCUGUGCCUCUCCUCCCACCUCCCAUCGUUCCCCCUCUUCAGCUGGAAGCAGCAGCACCGCUCGGCUCGCUCUCCCUCCACCUGGUCGCUCUCGCGGUGUGGAAAGAGGCUCUCACGCUCUCCCACGAAUGGGCUGCCACCAGUGCCACUAGCACCACCAAUGCCACCAUUGAUACCUAUAACGGUGGUGCUCAUAGUGGUGAUGCUUAUAACGGGGGUGCUUCUAGUGGUUCUGGUGGAAUGAUCCCGUUGCGCAGGAGCAGCAGCGUGGGGGGGCAUGGAGGCAGCAUGGGGGGACAUGGGGGCAGCAUGGGGGGACAUGGGGGCAGCAUUGGCGCCCAUGGGGGCAGCAUUGGCGCCCAUGGGGGCAGCAUGGGCGCUCAUGGGAGCGGGGAGGAGGCAGCAGCAGCAAUGGCGUGUGACUUGGUGGAAGCAGAGUUCCUGGCGGCUGUUGAAACAGCAGAGACCGUUGCUGCUGCUGUUGACAGGGACGGUGAGUGCGACAUAAGGAAAGAAGUGGGAAAGAAGGUCAUGUCAUACAGUAUAGGUAAGUGGGCAGCAGCAGCGGUGGCGUGUGACUUGGUGGAAGCAGAGUUCCUUGCAGCUGUUGAGACAGCAGAAAUUGUUGCUGCUGCUGUUGACAGGGAUGGUGAGUGCGGUACGGAUGGGUGGAUGGGAUUGAUGAGGUGUGGUAUACCGUAUAGAGCAGCGAUGGCAUGCGACUUGGUAGAAGCAGAGUUUGUUGCAGCUGUGGAGACAGCAGAGGCGGUUGCUGCUGCUGUUGACAGGGAUGACCCAUCACCCGUGCCUGAUGCUCUGGAGAUGGUCUAUCAGACUGCCCUCAUCGCUGGUCGCUCUGCUGCUGUUGAGGAGCUGAUGGGAAACAUGGCGUCGGCAGCAGCAGCCUAUGCUCGCUCAGCCACGCUCUUCGCCUUCCUCCUGCACCUCGCCCCUCGCCUCCCCAUCUCCCCGCCCCUCCGCCUUUCCCCUGCCGACCGCCACCGCCUCACCAAGUACCAUGAUGGGCACUGCUCGGCUGUUCUCUUCUCCUCCCUCCUGCCUUUCGCUCAGCACCGCCUCUCCUCCCCUCCCUUGCCGACCUUCUCCUCUCCCCUUUCGCUCACCUCUUCUCCUCCCCUCACCAAGUACCAUGACGGGCACUCUACUGCUGUCCUCUUUCCCCUCCUUCGUGCACCUCGCUCCACGCCCCCUCUCCGCCUCUCCCCUGCCGACCACCACCACCUGGCGAAGUUUCACAACAGGGUGCUGGCCCGCCAGGAGCACUGCAGUGCUGCGCUGCACUGCUGA